AAGGGAGGAGAGCAUUGACCUACACUGUGCCUGCUGUUUUUCCCUCCUGACCAAAUUUCCCGACCCAGGAGACCUGAAAGUACCAGGCUUUUACUUUCUCCAGCACGGCUAGGAGAUGCCUAAGGAGCAGCAAGAGGUGGGCGCGCUGGGGGGAUCCCAUGGCUCGGCUGCAGUGACAACCACCGUGAUCAACAUGCCCCGAGAGAUCUCGGGGCCUGACCAUGUGGUCUGGUCCCUGUUCAACACGCUCUUCAUGAACUUCUGCUGCCUGGGUUUCAUAGCUUAUGCCUACUCGGUGAAGUCUAGGGACAGGAAGAUGGUGGGUGACAUGUCUGGGGCCAAGGCCUAUGCCUCCACUGCCAAGUGCCUGAACAUCUGUGCCCUGGCCUUCACCAUCAUCCUGGCCGUCAUCGUCAUCAUCAUCUAUGCCACGAAACAGAACUAAUCUUGUAAGAAUUUUCACAGAAGGCCACAGAUUCUGAAGGUUCCUAGUCCUGCUAGGUGCUCUACCUACCACAGCCGACCCUCACCCUGGGCCCAGGGCCCCGACCCCUCACCCCGUCUUGUGUUGCAUCCGGAUUUCACACUCGCUUGUCUGUCGACGGUGGAUUCAAUAAAGUGCAUGUGGUGACA